GCAGUUCUAGCGGUUGCCGCUAGCUUUAAGCUAACCUACACAGUAGAGCUAAUGAGACUCAACGUUAGAAUUAAUUAACGUAUUUGACGACAAAGUUUUUACAUAUUUUGACCUGUUUAAAGAAACAUUCAUUUUAACCCGUUAGCGGAUCCUGUUAGCAUCUUUAUAAACAGUUUUUAUUUAGCAUUGACGCUCUAAUUUUGUACUAAAAGAGCUGCUGCAGGCAGCUAGCUCCCAGUAAUAGCAUCCUCAUUCACCGUCUAUGGUUAGCAUCAGUUAGCUCCGGUAGCAGUUAGCUCGUUGGGCUAACUCAGCAGGAUGGAUCUAUUCGACGACCUACCGGAACCGACACAGACCUCCGGUCCAGUUCCAGCAGCUCAACCCCAGAACACCAAAGAAGAAGAAGAGGAAGAGGAGGAAGAGCAGGGGUUAAAACGGAAGCGAGACGAUGCGGACCAUCACGGUGAUAAACCAGAGGAUCAGGAGGACCGUGGGGAGAUCAAGAAAGUUUGUAGAGAAGGCCUCCCCAGGCUCAGAGGCUUCGUGGCGGCCAGACGAGGCGAACGCGAUGAGAUGCAGGACGCCCACGUGAUGCUGCCGGACAUGAGCGGCUGCAUGACGUCGCUGCCGGGAAACACGUCUCGGGUUUCGUACUUUGCCGUCUUCGAUGGUCACGGUGGAGCUCGAGCGUCUCGAUUCGCCGCCGAAAAUCUUCACCAGACUCUGGCCAAGAAGUUCCCCAGCGGAGAUCCUGAAAAUGUGGACAAACUGAUUAAGAAGUGUCUCCUGGACACUUUUAGACAGACGGACGAAGAGUUCCUGAAGAAAGCUUCCAGCCAGAAACCAGCCUGGAAGGACGGAUCAACGGCCACAUGUGUCCUGGUGGUGGACGACAUGGUGUACGUGGCCAACCUGGGGGACAGCAGGGCGGUUUUGUGUCGGAUGGAGGCGUCGGCAGCAGAUCAGAGGAGGCCGGUGACUCUGGCUCUGAGUAAAGAACACAACCCGACCAUCUACGAGGAGAGGAUGAGGAUCCAGAGGGCAGGAGGCACCGUCAGGGACGGCCGGGUCCUCGGCGUCCUGGAGGUGUCCCGCUCCAUCGGAGACGGUCAGUACAAACGCUGUGGAGUCAUCUCAAUCCCCGACCUGAGGAGGUGUCAGCUCACAGCCAAUGACAGGUUCAUCAUUCUGGCCUGUGACGGUUUGUUCAAAGUGUUUUCAGCCGACGAAGCCGUAAAGUUCGUCCUCAGCAUCCUCCAGGGCGGCGCUGUGGAGCAGCGUUCAGGCGUGACGGAGGAGGAGCUAAAGUUCGAAGCCGCCUGUCAGCAGUUGGCCAGCGAGGCGGUGAGACGAGGCUGUGCUGACAACGUCACUGUGAUCCUCGUUUCUAUUGGCUACUGAACAUACACAUCAUCACCGUCAUCAUCAUCAAUUCUUCUUCUGCUCGUUGUCUCGUCUGUUUUCCAAUAAAAAACUAAAAGUC